GCCGAAACUUCAGUUUAGUGAAGGACUGGUAUCUUUCAUUAGUCCCGCUGCGGUCACACUACUCUCCCGCUCUCGUCUCGUCUGAUUUCUUUUUAUAACAAAUUUCAAACAUAUACACAUAAUGUAUAUAUAAAUAUAAUGUGCAACAUAUAUAAUAGCUAAAAACAAGUGCAAUCCCCCGACAACUUCAAAUGGCAAUCCAAUUUACGUAAAACGCGACGGAGACACUCGACUAAAAAACAAAAAAAGAGAAAGAAACGGCGCGUGUGAAAUUUUUCCAAACGAAGGAGAAGUUGGAGCUCACCAACAAAUCAAAAAAAAAAAAAAAGAAAAAAAGAGAACAAAAAUACAACAACACAAAGGCAGUGAAAAUCAAGCAAAAUGUGCAACAAGAAGCCGAAAAACAACAACAACAGCGGCUUUAAGGCUGCUGGACAGGUUUCCCACGGCUAACAACAACAAAAACAACAUCAAAUUUCACGAUAUUCAAAAAAAAAAAAAUUUACAAAAAAGAAAAAGGAGUAAAAGAAGCAGCAGCAAUGCGUGAACCGCGAAAGCAAAGUGAAAUUCAUGACAACAACAACAACAUCGACAAAAACAACAACAACGGCAGCAGCAGCGCAAGCUUAGCGGCUAAAAGAAACCGUUAUUCAACAAUUUCUUGAAUAAAAAAAAAAUAUAUAUACAAGUGAAAGAAGGCACAAAAUACUGGUUUACGAAAAAAAAGAAAAGAAAAAAAUAAAUAAAAAAAAAGAAAGAAAGAAAAGAGAGAAAAAGUUGCUGCACGAGAAAUUUUGUACGUGUAUCGUCUCCCCAUUUCUAUAUAUCUCUCUCUCUCUUUCUGUUUAUCUGCAUGUGUGUGAGAGUGGAGUAAAGUGAAAAGCAAUGUUGAAAGGAAUUACAACAACAACAACAAGAGAAAGAAGAGAGUACUGAAGCUUAUGCGUCGACGAGUGCAGUUAUCAUAAAUAACAGUAAAAGGAAUUAAUUAGCAACCAAGAACAUACAAUCAAAAAUAACUACUUAAAGACCUGCUUAUCAUGGAACCCAACAGACAUCACGAAUAUCAGACACAUCAUCAGCCGCAUCCCUCGAUGCAGAACCACCCACAUCACGUCCCGCCCACGUCAGCACCACCGCCCCACCACCAGCCACCGAUCCACCAGCAUCCACACCACCCGCCACCACCAGGACCACCAGGAUCGCAGCAGCCACCAGGCCAGGCGAUCCAUCAUCCACAUCACUACCAGCAGCUCCAUCACCAGCAGCAUCUGCCCACCAGCUCCAACACAGUGGUGGUGGGGAGCUCCUCCUCCGCCGGCUAUGGAAGUCUGCAGCACCUGCCGGGCGGACUGGGAGAGGAUCAACGGUCCAGGACGGCCAUGUACAUGAGCCGGAGCACCCCAACUCAGGCAGUUCCUCCCCAGGGACAGGGCAGUGCGCCACCACCCACGGGCGGGGAUCCCCAUCUGCAGUACUACACCUCCAACCGGGAUCUGACGGUGAACAAGAUGCCGGAGGCGUCCCAUCCCAACUGGAGCUACAAAACCCAAACCGUGCCAGCUCCAGCCCCGGCACCGGCGCCUGCCCUCCGACAUCACGGGAAUCCUGCCAUUUAUCCCACGGGUAGGACUGCCUACUGGCCGCCAGCGGAGGAGCAACUGCAUCACCACCAGCCGCCAGCCAGGUACUCCUACGGGAAGCCGCCAACGGGCUCUGGAACGAUCCCCCUGCCCGCCGCUCGUUCCGCCAGUCAGCGGUACUAUCCGGAGGACAUUAAGUACUCGACGGUACCUGUCCCUUCCAAGGUGCUCAGCUAUGCAUCCACGGCCAGUUCCCAGCCAGGAGUAGCGCCACCCACUGCCAGUUCGUCAGCGAACCCAUCCUCCGCUGCUGUCGCCUCCACUUCCGUCCGCCAGCACCACUACGAGCUCGAGCACGUCGUGAAUCCCAGUAAUCCGAGCAACGAGCACCAGCAGCCGAGUCCCAACUACGGCCGGAAGUGUCCUCCCCACUACGAGACCCCGCCGGAGCAGCGCAGUGCCGGAGCCACGCCCACGUCCUCGGGAACGCCGACCUCCACGUCGGCCCACCACCAGAGCCUCUACAUGCCGAUGCCGCAGUUCAGCACGGAGAAGUUCCAGACGACGGUGAACAACGCCAUCGAGAAGUAUGUCCGGGAGACGCCAGGUCCCAGCUUGGAGUAUCCACGGGGCGGCAGUGGAGCGGCCAACUACGGACGCACUGCGUCCACCACCUACUACAAUCCGACGUCCAGUGGGAAGAGUUCCAAGGCGCCGCCGGCCAGCUAUGUGAAGCUGGAGCCGGAGCACGCUCUGCCCGGCAGUCUGCCCCAGCCGACGAGGUCCUCGCUGUACCACAACCCGUACAGUGCGGAGAGCACCAGCAGCAGUCGGGAGCGGGAUGCCUCGCCAGCCAUGGCCACUGUCCCGGCGCCGCACGGCUAUCCCACCAAGUACGGCAAGCUGAUCCAGCAGGUGGGAACGGCCAGCUCCACUCCUUACUCAAGUUACUACCACCAGGGCACUCCGUCGCCGGCGGCGGGAGCAGUGGCGUCUCCGACACCGGCGCCCCCAGCUCCGCCAGUGACGGGCGCCCCGCCCGGGACCAUCCUACCUGGAUCUGGGCCACUGCCACCGCAAUCAGCUCCGUCUCAACAGCCCGCCUCGUCGUCCACGGCUUCCAGCUCCAGCAGUGCCAACUACUCCACCCUGCAGGUGUACCCGCACGGGCCGGACAUCUGCUACCAGCCGGGCGGAGCGCCGUCCCAGGCCCAGAGCCAUCCGGCCGCCACUCCCGCCAAGAAACCGCCAGCCAAGCCCAACUACCGGGCCCUCAUCAACGACAUGCUGAAGCGGAACACCGCCAGUGAGCAGGAGCUGAACCUGCAGAUCAUCAAGAAGACCCUAAACAUGGAGGCUCCCGCCCGCAAUCAUCUCCAUCAUCCCACGGCCCCCAGUCGGGUCAUCCAGCAGGCCACUGCCUCGGCUCCAGUUCCAGUUCCAGUUGCAGUUCCAGUUGCGGUUCCGGCUGCCAAUCCCCCGCCAGCGCUUCAUUCUCCGCUGGAUCUGUCCAUGCGAACGGUGAAGCAGACGGCGGACUCCACGGACUACAAGUACCGGAGUCCCAGUGCCACGGAGUACAAGCCCUCGCCGGGUAGCCUGAGCGGAGGAGGUGCAGCCGGGGGACUGGGCCUGCCCAGGUUCGAUUUCACGCCGAAUUUCUCGGCGGCCUCCAGGGGGCAACCACCCACUAGUCCCGCGCCCACGCCUGUGAUCCGACAAGCCCCGUCCACUGCGUCCGUCUCCCCAGCUCCUCUCCCCCACCAUCACCACCAUCCAGCUGCAGCUCCUCCUGCCCCCGCAGCAGCUCCGGCUCUGGUCAUCAAAACCCUGCAGCAGAUGCGACCCAGUGUCCUGGAGACCAAUCCGUACGCCAAGCGACAGCAGCUGCCGCCGGAGACGAGCAUCGUCCAAGUCAGCAAGCCGCCCGAGCUGAUGCCCACGCCCUCUCCCAGCCCCCACAACAGCAGCAAUCCGAACUAUCUGGGCCGGAAGAGGCACCUCAAGGAGUACAACCAGGCGGCCGCCAAGCAGGCGCGCCUGGAGGCGGAGUCUUCCGUGGGAGUAGUGCCACCCAUUGUGGCGGCACCCACAUCGGUGGUGGUGGUGGCUCCCGUGCCUGUGAUAGCCGUGAAUGAGCAGGCGCUGGCCGCCAAGCGGGAGAGGGAGACACAACCUCAGGGACUGCCCGAGUCCACCUCCAGUUCUACCUCCUCUGCCAGUUCUACGACCAUUCCGAAGAUGGAGCCCCGCAUCCGGACGAAGGCAGAGCUCAAGGGCUUCACCUUUACGCCGCCUGUCCUGGUGACCUCCACCACAAAUGCCAAUGCCACGGGCGCGGUGUCGCCGCCAAGGACGCCGCCCAACCAGGUCACCAAUCACAUCCAAAUAAAACUGGAACCGGCGCCGCCGCCCCCUCCCAAGUCCGCUGACCUGGGCCUGGAGGAGGAGAGGGCCAGCUUGGGCAAUCUCCUGGACUGGGGCAGCACCUGCAACAAUCUGGUGGAGCAAUUGCUCAACAAGGCGGUGGUGCUGCCACCCAUGCCACCCAUGCCACCCCUGCCCACCACCACCACCAGCAUCAAGCUGGAGCUGAGCGAGGACGACCUGCCAGUGGCCAGGAUCCUGAAGAGGCAACCCCUGGCCACGCCCACUGCCACAGCCACCGUGGGAGCUGAUGCCGAGUCGGCCAGCACGCAGCUGACGACCACCACCAAUGGCAUCUCCUCGUCGCUGGGCAACGGCAGUGGCCAGAAGAAGCUGAGCAAGGUGGAGCGGGAGAAGAAGCGGCAGCAGCAGGAGCAGCGGAUAGCCGCCCGGCUGGCGCCCAAGGAGGGUCAGAGCAGCUCCUCCGAGAGCGACACCACGGAGCUCCACAAGCGCAAGACGGCCCGCCAGAAAAAGCCGUUGAUGCGGAAGGGAAGAGCCCGCCAGCGAUCUCCGGAGGCGGCCAGCAGUCAGCAGAGCAGCGACGACGAGAAGGGGAAGGCGGACUGCUCUCAGGGUGUGAGUCGGAGUCAGAGCUCCAGCGGGGAAAGCAAGUCCAAGGGCAACUCUUCGAAGAAGGACCUCAAGAAGGUGAAGGAGGCCAAGAGCAACUCCCUGGCCAAGACCAGCAACAACAAGAACAAAACCAAAGCCGAGGAUAACCAGAAGCAGCAGGACAGCUCCAACUCCAACUCGGAGAGCCACGACGACGAGGAAGAGGAGGAGGAGGAGGAGGAGGAUGCCGAGGAGGAGGAGGACGAUGAGGAUCAGGAGGAAGAGGACAAGGAGGGCACCGACGAGGACGCCGAAGCAGAGAAGAAGCCCGUGAAGCGGGUGGGCCGGCGACCGGGUGCCACUCUCAAGAAGCGGAUAGCCCACAACCUGAACACCAUGACCCGCUCGAAGCACCGCAAGGAGCUGGAGCUCCAGCUGGCCAACAGCAAGGUCCUGCGCAACGACAAAAUCAUCCGCAACUCGACCACCAAAAUAAAGCGCAAGUACGUCCGCAAGGUGGUGGACAGCAAGAAGGAGAUGAUGGUCACCCGGCUGCGCAACAAACGUGGCCCGAACUCCGAAGCUGGCCAGCUGAAUGGCCGGAACUCGAAGCUGAAAAUGGGAAACAAGGGCGGUGGUAACAACAAGUCGGCCAAGACCUCGCCGCAACAGCAACUGUACCUGGAGGAGUAUCGCUACAAGCUGGCCCUCAAGAUCCCCCACCGACUGAUCUCGAUUAACAAGCUGAACAAGGGGGCGGCCUCCCUGCCCGACCUGGAGCGGCGUGAUCUCGGCCAGGAGCUGGCCUGCUUCAAGAAGACCCGUCCCAAGACCAAGGCGGCCAGCAAACAAGAGUCCAUACCCAAGUCCUUCAUCGACUAUCUCGUCCUUCGGGUGACCAAUGGGAAUAGCAACUCCUCGCCCCCAGUCCAUGGGAAUUCAAGGAAGAUCUCUGUCUCGGCUCCGGCCUCCACCAACCUCCAGAUCCACAGUGAAACCUCGCAAACGUCCGCCUCCACUUCGCUGUACGAGCAGCCCCAGCAGGAGGCCCCCGGCAGUGAGAGCCAAAAUCUGGACGAUCCUAGUCGCCGGCACUUCAGCAUCUUCGACACCAAGGUCCUCCAGAGCAAGACCCGAACGGAGUCCAAGCUGCAGCAACGGCGGGAGAUCAUCCGGGAGAUAUUUGUGGGGCCGGAACGUCCGGCAUCGGCUCCGCCGGAAUGCGCCCAGGAGGCGGACGGCGAUGCCAUCAGCUACCAGAAGUACGAGGAGUUCCUGCAGCAAAUGAACAGCAUUGUGAGCGGCAGCGACAACAAGCUGGCCAGGCGCUCCCUCAUGGAGGACAAAGCCCUCAACUCGACGGCGCCGCAGUGCCCCCACAAGAGGAAGUACCUCCGACGGAAGGGCAGCUCGGGUUUCGACUACAUCCGGAAGAAGAAGCGUCCCACAACGGCCCAGAAUCAAAACCAAAACCACGGAGACAAGUCGUCCCAAGCCCAGACCUCUAGCCAACUGGCCCAGGCCCAUCUAUCGGCGGAUGAGCGGCUGGAGGACACGGACAGCACAAUUGCGGGCAGCUCCCAUCUGCCGACGAAGAUCAAGACGGAGAUGGAUGUGUACCGGGAGUUCCAGAAGUGGGUACUCAACAAGAGCGUGGGCCAGAGCACCAUGCACAAGGCCGCCCGCCAGGGACUCAUAGAUGUGGUGGUCUACUGCCUGGAUCGCCUGAAUAUGAAUCCAGAUCAGAAGGACAAUGCCGGCUACACGCCACUGCAUGAGGCCUGCACCCAGGGCUGGCUGGAGAUUGCCAGAAUACUGCUCCAGUAUGGAGCGAAUCACUCGGAGGCGGCCCAGUCCGGCAUCCGGCCACUCCACGGAGCCAUCGAAAAUGAUCACGAGGAGGUGGUGCGUCUGUUGCUCUCCUAUGGCGCUGAUCCGUUGCUGGCAACGUACUCAGGACAAACUCCGCUAAUGUUAGCUUCAAGCAAAUUGAUGCGGCGCAUCCUGCGCGCUCACCUCAGCGACGCCCAAAGUGCCGCCGCCGACAUCAAGCCCAUGCGCUUCCAAGGCCCCUGGGAGAUAUUUGAUGCUAAGGAAUAUGGUUAUGAUAUAUUCGAUAAUGUACCGAACACAGCUUGUGAUAUGAGCAGAGCUCUACGUAGGGAGAGGAAGGAGGCCAAGCAGCAGGAUAUUAGUAUGAGUAACAUGGGCAGCACCAUUAGCAUCCUGAGCAACGGCAAUAUCACCUCCAACCACUCCAAUGGCAAUGGUGUUAUCCCAAUUAAAAUGAAGAUGGAGCCGGCACAGGAUGCUGAGAUGAUGCAGGAUCAGAAUGAUGGAGAGAGUCGGGUGACAACGAUCAAGCAGAACGGGGAGACGAGUGCAAUUAAGACUGGAACUCUAGCAACUACCGGAGUAACUACCGGACCAACAACGAUGGUGAAACUGGAGCCCGGCACCGAGGAGGAGGAUAGCAAUAACAAUAAGAACAACGAUGAGCUGAAUGCGAAUGUUGGGAAUAAUUUAGUAACAAGCGUUGUGAAUGUCAAGAAUGAAGUGAAAAGGGAAGUGGAUGCGGAACCAGAACCACAACCAGAACCGGAAGCGGAAGCGGAAACUGUAACAGAAACAGGAACACAGAUUCAGCCUUCUCUUCCGCAACAGCAAACACAAACGAAUAGUAAUAAUAGAAGUAAUAGAAUAGAUGACGAUCAGGCGGACAUCGAGACAAUGGAUAUGGAUAGUGAAUUGAACGGUGAUAUUUUUGAAUUUGAAGAGGCCGAUGUGCCCUUGCCACCACUGUACUUGCUCAAGGACGAGGGCAGUGAUAAAUGGGUACUACUCAACGAUUUGUGCAAUUUACUUAAAGUUAAAUCGAAGGAUACACUGCUCAACAAGCUCUGUCCAAACAACAAUAACGCAUUGGCUAGCAGUCAGAAGCAUCUACUUCGGGAGUUCAAGAUCGAUGACUUCCUGGAGAAGGCCACUUGCCUUCAGUUGUUGUGCGCCGGCGAGAAACUGAACAUGUUCAGCUCCUCGAAGGUGGUCCUCAUCAAAUACAAUGAAAGUGUACGGAACUUGUUGGGCGUGAAGACCAUUCUGAUGAAGUUUUAACCGAUCGUGGAUGAGAUAUAUAUGUAUAUGUAUAUGUAUAUGGCAGGACGAGGCAUGAUCCAGAGACCGAAAACCUUAUAGAUAAAUGAUGAACAGAGAUACAACGUAGUACUAACUGAAAUGAAAUUAGCGUGUAAAGUGCAAAACAAAUAUGGAAAAACUAUUAGUACGAAUAUAAUUAUAGAUUUAUAUAUACAUAUA